GGACCAAAAGAUUGCGCAAUCUUUGUUUACAUCUAACCUUGUCACAUGUGGGCGUGAUGCGAUCAUGGCUGCUUCCACCACUCUUCGAGCCGUGAAAUUGGAUAUCGCUAAAGAUGGCAUAGCAGUCAUCAGAAUGAUCAGAGGAGAUAAUAAAUGGAAUCAACCAUUUUUAAAUGAUAUGGGGGAAGCACUUGAUAAGGUAGAAAGAAAUCAAGACGUAAGAUGUUUGAUCUUCACUGGCCAAGGAAAGUUCUUCAGCUAUGGACUGGAUCUACCUUGGAUUGCCCAACAAACAAAGGAUGUCACUAAAAAGUUUUUGACUGAAAACGAUGCCCUUGUCCAAAGAGUUACAUUAUUCCCGAUGCCAACAAUUGCAGCUAUGAAUGGUCAUGCUUUUGGCAUGGGUGCCAUAUUUGCCCUGGCUUGUGAUUAUAGGGUGAUGAAAAAAGGGCGUGGCUGGUUCUGCCUUCCAGAAACCAAACUCAAGAUCAAGUUUUCUCCCAUUACCCUAGAGUCUAUCAGACUGAAGUUGCACAGAACCCAAACUCUGCGAGAUGCAGCUAUAUUUGCCAAACGCUACACUGCAGAAGAAGCACGGAGGGCAGAUAUAAUUGAUGAAGCAGUAGAUGAAAGUGAACUCUUGGCGGCUGCUAUCCGCUAUGGUAAUGAGAUUGCAGGUGACAUAUUGGACAGAGAUUGUGUAUCGGCUACGAAAGACAAGCUGUAUGGUGCCUCCAUCAGGGCUAAAAGAGAUGAAAUGCUUCGGGGAACGACAGAGCAAGCCCAGGAUGACAGGAUCGAUGGAUUCAUUCGGGGGGCCCAAAUGAUUAAAUCAAAGAUGUAAAAUCCAAUCAUAGCAGCUACCUAAUUAUAUAAGUAUUUAACCACUAUUUAGAACUGUCUUUAUCUAAAACUCCACAUGAUAUUGAAUUUCAAAUCAUUCAUAUUUAAGGUCAAGUGCACCCCAGAAAAAAAUCAAACAAGCACAACGCUGAAAAUUUCAUCAAAGUCGGAUUAAAAAUAAGAAAGUUACUACAAUUUAAAGUUUUGCUUAUUUUGCACAAACCAGUUAUAUGCACAACUCAGUGACAUGCAAUUGAGAGAGUCAAUUAUGUCCCUUACUCACCAUUUCUUUUGUUUUUUAUUGUUUGAAUUAUACAAUAUUUCCAUUAUUACAGAUUUGACAAUUAAGACCAACUUGACUGAACCAUAAAAUUUUAAAACAUUGGUAAUACCACAUGUUCAGGGAGAAUAAAACUUUUGUUUCACAGAACACUGGAGAGAAAUUUGAAUAUUUCAUAUAAUAAAAUACAAAAGAAAUAGUGAAGGAUGUCAUCAGUCCCCUCAUAUGCAUAUAGUAUAGUGUAGUAUAUAGAAAGUCUACGAAUAUAUUUUUUCAAUCUGAGAAUAUUUUUUUCAAUCUUGCCUGAAUUGCACUGAUGUACCAAUGGGGGAGGUGGUGGCAUGCUGCCCUUGAAGUUUCGCAACCAAGAAAAAAAGAGAGAAAAAGAAUAAAGAGGAAAGGGAAUGAGUGAAAAUUUAUAUUAUUGGGGUAUUAUCUCAAAAUCUAUUUCAAAAAUUCAUUUUAAAAAGGUCAACAUUUUUUUAUGCUUGCUUCACUUGCAUCUUUUUAAAAACUUUUGCUCCAUCCGCCUUAUCUGAUUCCCUCAAAGUUUUUGGCUCAUUAUGCUGAAUUGGAUCUACGGUUAUACU